CGCUCUCGGGUAUACUUAUCUGUGUCCUCCUCACCUCCCCUCAUCCCGUUGUCCCGGUCUUCCGCUGCCACCCCCGUCGCAACCCACCGCGCGAUAUCUAAACCGUCGCCGGCUUUUAGAUCGGCCGCGCGCCGCGUAUGCACCGCGUGCACUCGCAGCAGCAUCGCCGUCGACACCGCGACGACACGCCGCUCGUUCUCUCCGCCGGCCACCAUCGCCACCGGGUCCCUGCGUCGCGGAUCGUGCACGUCGCCGACGACGGCGAGGACGACGAGAACGACGACGGCGGCAGUGACUCGGCAACGACUCGACGGCAACGCGGUAGAUCACGAGGACCUGGGUAACGCUGAAACGGACGUGCAUUCCUCUUUGAAGACUAGGCAUCGAGCUCGGUCGAGCGUGGGAUUCAACCACAAGAUCGAAGGAUGCUGGCCCGCUGCCUAAUCUUCGCAGGUGCAGCUGCUGUAGUAACGUCCGCAGGCGGGCACGGCUUCGACGCGCAUCUACGCGGCCCCAGCUUCGUGCUGGAACCGCCGUCGAGGAUUGAAUUCUCCAAUUCCAGCGGCGCCUGGUUGGACUGCACUGCCUCCGGAAGUCCACCGCCUAACAUCGACUGGUCCACCGCGGAUGGGCAUCCGGUGAACGAUGUAUCGGGCGUACGAAGAGUGCUCAGAAAUGGCACUCUGGUACUCCUGCCGUUUCCGGCCGCGGCCUAUCGGCAGGACGUUCACAGUGCCGCGUAUAGAUGCGUGGCGAGCAAUACCGUCGGCAGAGUACUCAGUCGCGACGUACAAGUCAGAGCAGUGGUGGCUCAGGCAUACAAAGUCGAGGUGGAGGUGACGGGGGGCGCAUCGAGGGGAUGCACUGCAAUAUUACGCUGCAUCAUACCCAGCUACGUCAAAGAUUUGGUGCGCGUCGUAUCCUGGCUGCACGAACCUUCGUCCUAUAUAUAUCCCUCGCUGCAAGGAGAUGGCAAGUUCCACCUGCUUCCCACGGGAGAGCUUCUGGUACACAGCCUCGAGUUCAGCGACCAGCUGAACGGCUACAGAUGCCGCACAAUGCACCGUCUCACGAGACAAGUGGUCGUUAGUUCUAUGGCCAACAUUAGGAUAGCAGAUCACAGAGGCGUAAUGCCUCCCGUGAUACUCGAAAACUCCGGUGUCGUACAUGUCGCCCAAGACGAAUCGACGUCGUUAGUCUGUGUGGCGCAAGCCUGCCCUUCGCCCGAAUAUCGGUGGUUUGCGCAAACAGGAGCAGAACCAAUGUUGGUACUCUCUGGACCCAGAACCAGACUUCUUGGUUCUGUGUUGGCCAUCGAAGCGGUAACGUUAGAAGACAGCGGUGUAUAUCGCUGCUCCGCUUCUAAUCCUGGUGGCGAAGCGAGCGCUGAGAUCAGGUUAAUUGUGACGGCGCCUCUUCACGUGGAAGUGACGCCUCCGUUGCUCAGUGUUCACUUAGGUGGCAACGCCGAGUUCAGAUGCGAGGUCGGCACGCAUCCGCAGGCUGGACCGCACUUUAUCACAUGGUACAAGGACGGUCGGCAACUUCCAGGGACAGGAAGGCAAUCGGAAUUACUGAAGCUCAAUGGAAUUGGAAGGGAAGACCGCGGCAUGUAUCAGUGCAUUGUGAGAAGGUCGGAAGGCGAUACAGCUCAAGCAUCAGCGGAACUUCAACUGGGCGACGCGCCGCCCGUGCUCCUGUACUCAUUCAUCGAGCAGACUCUCCAGCCAGGACCCGCCGUGUCCUUAAAAUGUUCCGCCGCAGGAAAUCCUACACCUCAAGUAUCAUGGGCGUUGGACGGUUUUCCCUUACCGACUAAUGGAAGAUUCGUCAUUGGUCAAUACGUGACAGUGCAUGGCGACGUUAUAUCCCACGUCAAUAUAAGCCACGUAAUGGUGGAGGACGGAGGUGAAUAUUCCUGCACAGCCGAAAAUCGCGCGGGAAAGGUGACACAUGCUGCACGACUGAAUGUUUACGGACUUCCGUACAUACGCCUGAUCCCGAAAGUGACCGCCGUUGCCGGCGAAACUCUCCGUUUGAAGUGCCCGGUGGCUGGAUAUCCGAUCGAGGAAAUCAAAUGGGAGAGAGCUAAUCGCGAAUUACCGGACGAUCUGCGUCAAAAAGUACUCACGGAUGGCACCCUGAUGAUCAGCAGUGUGCAGAAGAAGGGUGACGCUGGAGUAUACACCUGCUGGGCGAGGAACAAGCAAGGUCACAGCGCCAGAAGAUCCGGAGACGUCGCAGUAAUCGUUCCCCCCAAAAUUAGCCCGUUCACGGCAGAUCGCGACCUGCAUCUCGGCGAACGCACCACCCUGACUUGUUCGGUGACCAGAGGCGAUCUGCCGCUGUCCAUCACGUGGCUCAAGGAUGGACGUUCUAUGGGACCGUCGGAACGUGUCACUGUCACCAAUAUGGACCAGUACAAUAGCAUACUGAUGAUUGAAAGUUUAUCUCCAGAUCACAACGGCAACUACUCGUGCGUGGCCCGUAACGUGGCCGCAGAGGUAUCGCACACGCAGCGGCUUGUGGUUCAUGUGCCGCCCAGAUGGAUCGUCGAGCCGACCGACGUAAGCGUCGAAAGGAAUCGCCACGUUGCGCUGCAUUGCCAGGCGCAGGGCGUCCCGACGCCGACGAUCGUAUGGAAGAAAGCCACCGGAAGCAAAGCCGGUGAUUACGAGGAGUUGCGCGAAAGAACUUAUACCAAGAUCCUCAGCAAUGGCACUCUAUUGCUGCAACACGUGAAAGAAGACAGAGAAGGCUUCUAUCUGUGUCAUGCGAGUAAUGGCAUUGGAAGCGGUUUAGGCAAAGUCGUGCAAUUAAAAGUCAAUUCGUCUCCAUAUUUCGCGGCGCCUUCGAGACUCGUUACCGUAAAAAAAGGGGACACGGCGACGUUACACUGCGAAGUACACGGCGAUAAGCCGGUUACCGUUACCUGGCUGAAAGGCGGUAAAAGCGAGCUGAAUCCCUCGACGAAUUACCGCGUCGCAGUGAAGCAGGAAGUAACGCCGGACGGUGUCAUCGCGCAAUUGCAAAUCUCAUCGGCGGAAGCAGCUGACAGCGGUGCGUACUUUUGUCAAGCGAACAAUCUUUACGGGCGCGAUCAGCAACUGGUGCAACUCCUCGUGCAAGAACCGCCUCAACCACCGAGCGCCCUAGAAACUGCUAUGGUGGCUAGUCGCAGCAUUAAUGUUAAGUGGCAGCAUAAGUCGCAGGACACUAGCGAAGUCACCAAAUAUAUCCUUCAGUAUAAAGAGGGCGAAGGCGGAAUAUGGCAACAACAAGAGUUUACUGGGCCACCCUUGCCAUACGCGGCAUUAAUCGACGAUUUAAAACCCGCCACGAGAUACACCAUACGCGUGAUAGCAGAAGGUCCAGCGGGCCGAUCUGUUCCCUCAGCGGAACUCCUUGUCAGAACCGAACCGCAGAAACCAGCUGGUCCGCCAAUGAAUCUCGCAGCCAGACCUCUCUCCUCGUCCGAAAUCCUCGUCACUUGGUCACCGCCUUUAUUGGAGCUUCGCCAUGGUGACAUACAGGGUUUCAAUGUCGGUUAUAAGGAAACGAGCUCAAACAAUCCAUCGUACAACUUCAGCUCCGUCUCGGGCGAUGGAGAGGAAGGAGGCGGAGAGUUUCGACUUACAGGUCUCAGGCCAUACACCAGAUACACCCUUGUCGUUCGAGCUUAUAAUCAGGUGGGGCCAGGACCUUUGUGUGAACCACUGAUCACGCAGACCUUGGAAGAUGUUCCCAGCAUGCCACCGGAAGAUGUGAGGUGCGUGGCACUUUCUUCCCAAUCUUUGCAAGUGUCCUGGCAACCCCCGCCCAGCACUCACAGCAAUGGUAUUAUCCAGGGUUAUAAAUUAAAUUACGAACCGAUUUUGGCGGACGCAUGGCGAGGCGUGGAUGAGAUGGAGGUUCGUAAAACAAGUGCUCUGACAACGGUUUUAACUGGGCUUAGACGAUACACCAAUUACACUAUCCAGGUUUUGGCUUAUACCAGAAUUGGCGACGGUGUGCCUUCUGCUACGAUUUACUGCCAGACGGAGGAAGACGUGCCAGGCAGUCCGGCUGAUAUCAAAGUCGUCGUGAGUUCGCCACAGGCUCUUUUUAUCUCAUGGCUACCACCGCUCGAGCCAAACGGAGUUAUUACGAAAUACAAUCUUUAUACAAGAGUCGUCGACGGACGAGAGGAGCUCAAUCACGGCAAGAAGACAUUACCGGCGUCGAGCACAUAUUUCGAGGCGACUGAUUUGCAGCAACACGUCGAGUAUCAAUUUUGGGUGACUGGUAGCACAAGAAUGGGCGAGGGCCAAAGUUCGAGAGUGGCCGCGCAAGUACCGACGAAUCGUGUGCCAGCCAGAAUCACGUCCUUUGGCGGCCAUGUGGUGCGUCCAUGGCGGGGUUCGGCGACUUUGGCGUGCAACGCGGUCGGGGAUCCAACAAGAGACUGGUACAAGAGUACCACGGAGCAGAUACGCACCGAUUCCACCAGGAACGUGCAGAUCUUAACGACCGGAGAACUCGUGUUGUCGAAUCUGCAAUCACAGGACAGUGGAAAUUAUACCUGUCAGGUGGAGAACUCUCAAGGCAGUGACAAGCUGCAUUAUACUCUUACGGUGCAAGUUCCGCCCAGUGCGCCCGUAUUGUACGUAACUAGCUCUACGUCAAGUAGCGUGUUAUUACAUUGGAAAUCCGAACAUAAUGGUGGUGCACCUUUGACGGGUUACACACUGUAUUAUCGAACUGCUCACGGUACCCUUGAUGAGUUACAACUAUCUCGCCAUGCUACUAGCCACGAGCUAAAGGGGCUCCUGUGCGGAAACACGUAUCAGUUAUAUCUAACAUCGCAUAAUAAAAUCGGUAGCAGUCCAUCGUCACCGGUGCUCUCAGUUCGAACUCAGGGCCAAGCUCCAGGCAUCCCACCGGCGGCUGCCUUCCUUAGCCCAAAUUCCACCACUUUAGUGCUGCGAUUGCACGUCUGGCCUGAUAAUGGUUGCCCUAUAAAAUAUUUCGUUAUACAGUACAGGCCAAUAAAUGAGUUUCAUUGGACUCUGGUGUCGAACAAUGUCAAGAUGCAACGGCGAUUCGUCGUAACUAAUUUAACACCCAGCUCGGUCUACCAACUCAAAGUCGAGGCUCAUAAUGUGGCCGGCAGCAAUCAGGCGGAGUUUACGUUUGUAACGUUGACGAAGGAGGGUGAAACACCGCCGCCAGGAUUGUCGAAACGCGGGAUGACGUCAGCUAUGCCGUUUUACGCGGAUAUUAAAGUGAUACUGCCAUUACUAGUGGCUACUGUCGCCUUAGUCGCCGCAGCGGUGAUCGUCGCUUUUCGCUGGAAAAAUAGAUACUUGGGAGGUCAAAUGCAACGGCCGAUGAAAGAGUCGCAAGAGAAUCAACAGAAUGCGGAGACACAGCGAGAACGUUAUUAUGCCACGAUACAUAAAGUGGCAUUACAACAAGCGGCAAAUACGGGUGCAGGACCCGACAAGAUUCCAGAGACAGCGGAGGACAUUUCGCCGUACGCUACGUUCCAGCUUUCGGAGGGUGGCGGGGGAAGCCUGGCAGGAUUGGGCGCAUUGGGCGGACUGGGAGGCGCGGCGGAGGCCACGGCGGCCGGUCUCCACCCGAACAACACUCUUCUGCACAGCUUCAUGUAUCACGAGCACGCCAUGACCGAAGGGUGCGCGAGCCCUCCACCGGCGGCGACGGUAUACGUCUCUUCCUUUUUCACUAGGAAAGAUCCGAUCUGUGCAGAGCAUGAAGAGAACGAGAGCGAGUCUGACCCGGACCAACUGAUAAGCUCGCGCACGGAAUCGUCGAAUCAGCUGGACGCUGGAAAAUUAAAACAUAUUCGCGCAGUCUCGGACUUUAUCUAUCACGGCACGUCGAGCACGUCUUCGGACAUUUCUCCAAUGUCCGAACAGAAGUCACUGCCACGGAGGGGGCGAUCAAGAUGGCAUGUUCCCAGCAGGAGCUCUCUACGCACACUACUACCACCGAUCUCGGUCGCGGAGACCGCGUUCGUCGGCAGCAAUCAGGGGGCGGUUGUACCCACGCCGGGGAACGGAGACCGACCGGAGCUCAGCGAAGCCGAGUGCGACAUCGACUCUCUGAAGAAGCUGAAACUGGGGCUGCGAAGCUCUUUGUGGUCGCGGCCAAGCACUCAGAAUAAUCCCUCCUCGGAUUACUCCAUCGCCGUCUAAUCUAUCCCCCGGAUGUCACAUUCCCCACGGUAGCACCCCUUUUUCUCUUAAUCCCGUGGGCCAAAGAUUAGGUAAAUUGAUCUCUUUCCUUCGUGUCUCAUCAAGAAUUUCCUCAUGGCCAUUCGUAGGGCCAAUCGACUGCCACGUCUUCUGUCGACGAUAGAUAAAUUACGUUCUGCUCGUUAAUGACGAUCGAGGGAGAGGCGUGCAUAAAUAAGAUCGGGGAGGAUCGAGGCAACGAAGAUUAACGAUUAUAGAGGAACACACGUGUGUGCACAUAAAAUUAGGUAGAAGAUGAUUUCUUGCCAGAUGAAAAAUCUGAAAUCUCUGAAAUACUUAAAUUACACUAUUAUUUUACAAUAUAAAAAUAAGUUUUUGCAUUGCAGAUAUUAGCUUUUGCAAUAUUUAAUCAACGAUAUACUUAUAGCUAUAUGACAGAACGCAACACUAUAAGGCCUGUUCUUCUAUAAACGUGUGUUUUCGUUGAUCGUGCCGAGAGAACUAGUCGAAAGUAUCUAUAAGUACGUGCUUCUCCUCUUCCUUGUCUAUGACGCGACGCGAGAUAAUACACAUGCGUGGAAUGCGUGAAGUGCGUGAGUGAGUUCGAAUCCGAAUGCGUGGAUGAUCGUCGAAUCGCGUGUACGAAUGCGUGCCAAAACGACAAUUUGCUCAGACCGCUGCGAGUCGUUUCGCCGGCGGGCGAUCCAUUCGAGACCAAAGACUUAAUCGUAUGUACGAACAGAGCAUGGGAGAGUACUUCGCGUAUCAUAAACAAGGUGACAGGCUGUAUCUUCCAU